AUGACAGGGAAUUAUGGAGUGGGGCUUGUGACUUGUGCUGAAGAAGAUAAAAUCAAUAACUGGCCUGAACACUUGAUAGAGUCAAUCUUAGAGCGACUCCCUGUUCAAGAUGAUGUGAGGACAAGUAUCAUAUCAAAAAAAUGGAGGUACAGAUGGACCAAAAUGGGGGCACUGAUUUUUGAUGAGCAGUUCUUCAAAAAAUAUGUAGAAAUCGCACCUGUUGGUCGUAAAUUUAUAAGGAUCAUAAACAAAGUUCUGAUCCUUCACAAGGGUCCUAUCUCAAAAUGUCUUCUCCAUAUACCAAAUAUGAAUAAGUUUUCAUAUGGCGUUGAAGACGUUGAUCAAUGGAUGAUGCUCUUAUUGAGAAAUGGUGUCAAGGAACUCAUCCUUACUAGUUCAAGUCAAUCUUAUAAACUUCCUCGGUAUAUGUUUUCUUGUCUAGAAUUGACAAACUUGAAACUGGAAAACUGUUUGUUCAAGCCACCACUUGGGUUUGAAGGAUUUAUCGAUCUUCAACAUCUUCAUCUACAAACUAUUGAUUUUACUGGUAACUUUAGUGGAGCUCGGAUCAACUUACCAAAGCUGAAAAGGUUGUGCCUGGAUACAUGCACGAAUGUUUACAAUUUCAACAUCAAGGCUACAAAACUUCAAGUUUUACAUGUUUUAGAUUGUCCUGACGCCAUGUUUCGUCGCUUAUUCUAUAGUCAUGUUGCUUUGUGUUUACGAAAACCCAUGGGAAAGUUUAUAGGAGUUGAAAGAAUGAAAUUGGCCAUGACGUUAAGUAACUUGCCUAAAAUGAGAGGUUUUGUUUACGACCGUAUUUUCUUUACGGAAUGUCGAGUCGAUCGUUAUGAUGUGGGACCAGCUUCAAAUCAUUUAGAAUCCCCACACUGCUUGGACUGUACAUUGGAUCGAUUGCAAAUUGUUGAGAUGAGACAUUUAAAAGGAUCAAAACCGGAAAUGCUUUUUCUAAAGCUUCUUCUUGCUUAUUCUCCUUCUCUCAAGAAGUUUAGCAUCACUCGAAGUGGAACUUGUGAUGCUAAUGACAUUGCUAAGGAUGUUAUGUGGUUCCCUUGA